GCAGCGCAGCGCAGGCAGCGCGCGGCGCAAGCGGUGCCGCCGCGCGAGGCGGGGAGGGAGCCGCCGGCCCUGCCCGUGGGGAGCGCAGGGAAGCGGGCAAAGCAAGCCCAACUCAGCCGCGGCACGGCGCGCGCCGCCGCCCGCCCGCGCCCCGCUCUCUGUAUUUUGUUUUAUUUUAUUCGCGGUUAUUGCGGUGCCUGCGCGCGUGUGCGCGGCGCGGCGCGGGGAGCGCCCGGCAGACAAAGGGAAGGGGCGGGGGCCGCGCCCCGCAGGAGACAUGCGCUCCGUGCGGAAGCGCUGGACGGCGUGCACCAUCAGCAUCCUCCUCAUCGUCUACAAGACCAAGGAGAUCGCGCGCCCCGAGGAGCGCCGCGAGGCCCCGCCGCACGGAGAUGGUGAGCUGAGUUUGAGUAGAUCAAUGAUCAAUAGCUCUGAUAAAAUAAUUCGAAAGGGUGGCUCCUCGAUCUUCCAGCACUCUGUAGAAGGUUGGAAAAUCAAUUCCUCAUUGGUACUGGAGAUAAGGAAGAACAUUCUUCGGUUCUUGGAUGCCGAAAGAGAUGUCUCGGUGGUCAAAAGCAGCUUCAAGCCAGGAGACGUAAUCCAUUACGUGCUGGACAGGCGUCGCACCCUAAACAUCUCGCGGGAUUUGCACAGCCUCCUCCCUGAGGUUUCCCCGAUGAAGAACCGGCGAUUUAAAACCUGUGCAGUUGUUGGAAAUUCUGGCAUCCUUCUGGAGAGCGGAUGUGGAAAGGAGAUCGAUAGCCAUGACUUUGUAAUAAGGUGCAAUCUAGCUCCUGUGGUGGAGUAUGCUGCAGAUGUGGGAGCUAAAUCUGAUUUUAUUACCAUGAACCCAUCAGUUGUACAAAGAGCGUUUGGAGGCUUUCGGAAUGAGAGUGACAGAGAAAAAUUUGUGCAUAGACUAUCCAUGCUGAAUGACAGUGUCCUUUGGAUCCCUGCCUUCAUGGUCAAAGGCGGAGAGAAGCAUGUGGAGUGGGUUAAUGCAUUAAUCCUUAAGAAUAAAUUGAAAGUGCGAACCGCCUAUCCAUCACUGAGACUUAUUCAUGCUGUCAGAGGCUAUUGGCUGACAAACAAGGUCCACAUCAAGCGACCCAGCACCGGUCUCCUCAUGUAUACACUUGCCACCAGAUUUUGUGAUGAAAUCCACCUGUAUGGAUUUUGGCCAUUCCCAAAAGAUUUACAUGGAAAACCAGUCAAAUAUCAUUAUUACGACGAUCUAAAGUAUCGGUACUUUUCUAAUGCCAGCCCUCAUAGGAUGCCACUAGAGUUUAAAACUUUGUACGUACUACAUAACAGAGGAGCACUUAAACUAACAACAGGGAAAUGUGUACAGCAAUAAAGUACAUGUAAAGUACAAUAAGAAGUCCAGAAUAUGCACUUCAUCAUGAGGAUGUUGUGGAAUGGCAAUGGGAUCCCAGUGAGGAUAUAUUCCAAUACCCGCUAAGCCAUUGGGAAACGGAGUUUUAUCAGAAGUACAUAACCAGCUACUAUACCUGUAAAGUGCUAUAAAACUAAGCUAUCUUGACUACAAGGGUUCAAGUAAGUGCCACUUUCACUAAGAACAAAGCUUGAAUGUAUGCUCAGUAGUGUUUACAGGAUCCAGUGAUAUGUUCACCAUGAAUUAAAGAACAGACAAGUAACCUGCUUAUUGCUGACUUGCCGCUGUGGCGGAGAGCGUAUCGAAGAAAUCCCCGGUGCACGGGGCAGGUUCUCGAGGAAAUAACGCCAGGCUUCGGCAGAGGAGAUCGCGAUGGGAUUGCGCGGAGAGAGCAAGGUCCGUCAGAUCACAUAGAUCGAGCAGAUGCCUUCAGUCAGGGGACUGUUUCUGAUCUUGUAUUAUAACCUCAGCUUUUGUUGCUGUUUUUCUUAUUGCUGUUGGUUGGGUUUUGUUGCUCCUGGGUACCGGAACCCUUCAUGGAUUUUGAAGAUGUUAUAAAUAAUUAAAAGUAUGUAUCUUAA